GAGUGCACAGGCUGCCUCCUGAGUCACCGUGCCCUGCUCAGGCCCAGGGACAAAUUGCAGUCAUUAGGGAAUUUAAGAGGCUGGGGAGGUGCUGUACUGAGGGCAGCGUGCCCUACCGCAGGUUAGGAGGGGUCCCUUGGACCCAGAGCACCUCCUUGGGCUGUCUGGAGCCCUCCCCCACCUCACCGUUGUCUCCCUCCCUCUCUCUAGGUCACCAUCUCUCACUCUGUCCCCACCCCUCUGCCUAGUUGGGAGACACCAGUUCUCUGCUGCUCCGUCUCCUCCCCGCUGGGGUCCCUGUUGCCCAGACUUUCAGGACUGUGAGAACCACAAAGCCAGAAAGCCUAGGGGACAAGACAGUCCCAGGUGUCUCCUGACCUUCCCCGCCCCACCCCCUGCCUCCCUCUUCCCGGCUGCUGUCACCUCCCAUCUCUGCCUCCCUGUCUCCUCUGAGUGCGUCCCCACCACGUGCUGUGCCCUAGCUCCCUUGGUCACCCCCUCACCUGCCUGGUCCUGCAUCGUCCUCCCCCUCCCCCAGCAUUUCAUCCUCCGGUCCUCCUGCUAUUAUUUUGUGUGUUUGGGGUGGGGGAGGGGUGGUGAUCCUGCCUUCCUUCUCUCUCUUCACUGGGUUCUCUUCCUUUGUGUCUCUGUUCGUUCUGCCUUCAGUGUCUUCCUUGUCUUCCCUGUUUUUCUGUUUCUUUCUUAGCUUUCCCACAUUCCCUUCUCCAUGAAUCACUGUCUCUGUGCUGCGCCUGCCCCACUGUCUCCCCCCCCCCACCUCCUCUGUCCCCAUGUCCACAUUCAUCUUCCUUCUCCUUCCCCAUCUUUCCUUAGUCUCUCUCCCUCUGACACUUGUCUCUCGGGUCUGUGUUUCUCUGAAUCUUUCUCUGGUUCUCCACCUUCUUAUGUUACUUCUCUUACAUUUCCCAGUCUUCUCUGUGUCUCUUUACCCCCAACCCUUACCAGCACCUUCCCCUGAGCCACCCACUCUGUCCACCCUGCCCUGGGGUCCCCCUCCCUCCCUGGGUUCCUCCCAGAUUAAACACCUUCCCUGGGCGGGUUCUCAUUAAUGUGGUGGCUGCUUCUCUGACCAGAGAAGGGAGGGAGGAGAUGGGACCAGGGAGUCCUGGAGUCCUGGAAUGGGAAAUGGGCAAUAAAAAAAUGUCAGGAGAAGGGCGGGGGUGGGGGAGGCAGGGCCUGUUGCCCAGGCCAGGGAUAAAAGGGCUCCACAGAGUGACAGGGAAUCAAGGCACCACCCCCCUUCCUGCACACACAGAGACACAUCCACAUCUCUAAGGGUCUUGGUCUCUGUGUAAGGCCUUCACUGUCUCUGUCCCUCAUCUCUGGGUCUCUUGCAGCCUCCUUCUCUCUCACUUUCUCUUUGCAUUUGCCAGAACCUGACCUCCAGACCCCAGAAUGCUCCUCCUGCUGACAGCACUCCAGAUCAUGGCUCUAGCCAUGGCACAGACCCAAGAGGAUAAGGACAAGAUACUUGGUGGUUAUACAUGCAUCCAGAACUCCCAGCCAUGGCAAGCGGCCUUACUGGCAGGUCCCUUUCGUAGUUUCCUCUGUGGAGGGGUCCUGCUGUCAGGCCAAUGGGUCAUCACUGCUGCUCACUGUGCCCGCCCGAUCCUUCAUGUAGCCCUGGGAAAGCACAACCUGAAGAAUUGGGAGGCUACCCAGCAGGUGCUGCGUGUGGUUCGCCAGGUGCGACACCCCCAGUACAACUCCCGGACCCACAACAACGACCUGAUGCUGCUGCGGCUGGAGCGGCCUGUUCGGCUGGGGAGGGCGGUGAAGCCCAUUGCCGUGGCCAAUACCUGCAUGAGCCCAGGGACCCCCUGUCUCGUGUCUGGCUGGGGCACCACAUCUAGCCCCAUUGCCAGGUACCCCAACUCCCUGCAAUGCGUGAACAUCAACAUCUUCUCGGAUCAAGAGUGUCAGGGGGCUUAUCCCGGAGCCAUCACUGCCGGCAUGGUCUGUGCAGGUGUUCCCCAAGGAGGGAAGGACUCUUGUCAGGGCGACUCAGGGGGACCCCUGGUGUGCAAAGGACAGCUCCAGGGCCUCGUUUCCUGGGGGAUGGAGCGUUGUGCCCUGCCCGGCUACCCUGGGGUCUACACCAACCUGUGCAAGUACCAGACCUGGAUCCAGAAAACCAUACGGAGAAGAUGAUUGUUGGUAUGACUUAACAUCAGCUGCCCAGCUGUCUCCCCAGACCCUGCUCUCUCCACUCAAGACCCAGGAGUCCCAGCCCCCAGCCCCCCAGCCCUCCUCCUCCCUCAGACCCAGGAGUCUGGGCCCCCAGCUUCUUGAUGGGGACCCCUGGCCCAGGACUCCCCUUUCCCAAAGAAGUUCCUUCAGGUUUUCUCUCCACUCCCCCACAACACCAUUAUUCAAGACCCCUUCAGUACAGGGACAAGAGCAUGAAAACACAUGCUUUGGGGCAUCAUACCCCAAAGAAGACAGUUUUCAAAGCUUAGUGUCUCUAAAAACCAGAUAAAUAAUAAUAAAAAUGGAAUAAUCCUAAAGUCCAUUCACAUGUUCAUUUAAUUCAUCUGACAGAUAUGUACACACAAGUGGCUGAAUGGGGUCCGUGUUGUUCCCUUGGAGGCACCCUCCAUUCCCUACAUCUGGUGUGGUAGAGGGAAAUGCCCAGCCUCGCGGCAUGACCCUGAACAAGACCGUCCCUCCCGAGGCUGGGUCCUAUGAGCAGGAACUGCUGAGGUCCAGGGCAGGGAGGGCAGAGACCCACCUUGUUUCUUGGAAAACCCUAUGCAAAU